UAUGCUAGCCUACCAAGCAGUUUACGACUAGCUUCAACCGAGCGCUGACGUUAGCCAGCCGGCGUCUUCAAUAGAACCGUGUCACUCUUAACAAACACGUUCAGGUGUCCUCUUCCUUCAAGCUGUCCUCGGUGGGCCUCCAGCGGCAGGAAAGAUGACUUCUGUUCUGCCUGAUCCAACACUUGAGCGAAACUUCAAGGGCCACAAGGACACUGUGACUGGCGUGGACUUCAGCAGCAACAUGAAGCAGAUUGCCACAAGCUCCACAGACUGCUGUGUGAUGAUCUGGAACAUGAAACUUCAGAGGCGUGCGUAUCGUUUUAACGGCCAUAAAGAUGCCGUCACAUCGGUCCAGUUUUCUCCCUCGGGUCACCUAGUAGCUUCCUGCUCCAGAGACAAGACUGUACGCCUUUGGGUGCCCAACAUGAAGGCUGAGUCAAGCGUAUUCAAGGCUCACACUGCCACCGUGCGAAGCGUCAACUUUUCCAGUGAUGGUCAGUCUCUGGUGACGGCGUCCGACGACAAGUCCAUCAAAGUGUGGGCGGUCCACAGGCAAAAGUUCCUCUUCUCCCUCAACCAGCACAUCAACUGGGUCCGCUGUGCCAGGUUUUCUCCAGACAAUCGCCUGAUCAUCUCCUCAAGUGACGAUAAAACGAUUAGGGUGUGGGACAAGAACAGCAGGGAAUGCAUUCAUUCAUUUUACGAACAUGCAGGAUAUGCAAGUCAUGUGGAUUUCCAUCCCAGUGGAACAUGCGUAGCUGCAGCUAGCACUGACAACUCAGUCAAGUUGUGGGACAUUAGAUCCCUGAAGAUGCUCCAACAUUACCAAGUCCACAGUGGUGUGGUGAACAGCUUGUCUUUCCAUCCAUCUGGUAAUUUCCUCCUUACUGCGUCCAACGAUUCCACAACAAAGAUCCUGGACCUCGUUGAGGGAAAACUGUUGUUCACACUGCACGGACAUCAGGGUGCUGUAAAUUGUGUGGCCUUUUCCAGAAAUGGAGAGUACUUUGCCACUGGAGGUUCUGAUGAACAGGUGAUGGUGUGGAAGAGCAACUUUGAUGAGAGCAGCGACACUGUCAGGGUGCAGCGCUCCACCUCUUAUUACUACCACCAGGUGCCACCCUCCAGCUCAGCAGCUCCACGGCCUAAAUCGCAGCCAUCUGCACACCAAGGCCAGGCACCUGAACCAGCCAAAACAGUUCGUUACAGUCACAGUGGAGCCAUGCCUCCCGACGCCCACAGGAGCUCAAGCACCAGUUCCACUUCCACCCAUGCAAACGUCCAGACCCCGGCUCAGCCGCCGCUACAAGUACCUCGCCACGCCUCCACCUCUGAAGCAAGCACGCCCUCGGAUCUCACCACCACACUAGAGCACAUUAUGGGUCAACUGGAUAUACUGACUCAGACGCUGUCCAUCUUGGAGCAGCGGGUGACGCUGACGGAAGACAAGGUGAAGGAGUGUUUAGAGAACCAGGUGGCUCACAUGAAAGCGUUUACAGGCGAGGCGGGCUUGACGCCGGCCCCGCACUAAGCCCAUAAAGACUUUGUCCUCACAGAGAUGACUGUUGGUGAAGUGGUUUCUCAGCGGUGACUGAGAGAGCGUUUCUUUCCUGCUGAUGUGUGUCUACAGUUGACGAGAUUUCGUACUUGCCUACGCGCCGCACGUCUGUUUUUAGCUGUGUCUCUUUGCAGGCAAGAAAUACAACAGUAAAGCUCCCAAUAAGAAAAUUGGAUUAUCCAACCAUAUUAAAAGCCUCAAGCUACUGCCUCAUUCAUUGCACAUGGUUUCUUGUGUUUUAAAUGUACGCCCCAAUUUAAACAUUUCAUGUUCACAUAUGAAUGGGAAUGCACCAUAAGAGUACAGCGCUUUCAGAACAGACUAAUUCAUGCAUUUAAAAAGGGCAAAGACAUUUUCAGCUAGCAGAAGGAGACUCUCAGGGGUUUUGCAUUAAUUUAAAUCACCACUUAUCCUUUAACUUAAUUUAAGUGGUUAUUUUUGUAUGUUGUUUUCUUAUUGUUACUCAAGCUGGAAAUUAAACUGUUCUUAAAUUAAAUGCGCCUUGGUAACUUUUGCAAGCCUGUGUUUGUUGUCAUUGUUAUUGCCAGAGCGAUGAGGUCACCACUCGCUUCCUGCUACCAUUGGUCCCCAGAGCCGGAGUGGUUCUCCGACACAUCGUGACUUUGACUGUGUCUGUUGUCCUCUUAGCAGAGAUGUGAACAGCGUGAGUCGUGAGUUUGGUCAUCCCAGAGCUCGCAGUGAGUCACUU